AUGAAGGUGUGGCUGGGGUUCUUGGCGGAGGAGCUCGCGAACCGCGUCUCCUUCGACGAUGCAGACGAAGGCGGGGCUGUGGGGCCCUCAGUGGCGUUCCAGGACACUGCCGGCGAGUCUGGGUAUCUUCCUUUCGCCCAGGCCUUGGUGGAGGUUGCGAAGGACAAGUUCCAGUUCCACACUGCCGAGAGUGGCGAGCCCCUCGCGCGCCAUCAAGGUGCAAGGGAGGACAGGCUGGGUCGUCUCGAAGCUGCGGUAAGUUCCAUGGCAGAGACCAUCAAGGCCUUGACGAAAUCCCAGCAAGUGCAUCACGUGGGCACGCGCAGUUCCCCAGCCACGACUUCCUCGCCUGCACGGCCCCAACAGAAGCCAAGGACCAACAGCCUCCCAGGCCUCGACCCUGGGGUGGUGCAGGCAGCCCUUGCAGCGGGUGUGGACCACAAAGCCCUGGAGGCCGAGGACGCCAAGCCAAGGUGCGCCGAUGCUGGAUUGCUGCCGGUGGUGAGCAACGAUGGCGACCCGGUGACCGUGGCCUUGGUGAAGCUGACUGCGCUGGUGGAAGAGAUGCAGAAUCAGAAAGCAAAAAGAGGCUCGAAACUCGACCAAGCGCUAGAUGGAGUGGCAUCGGUUGGCGCUGCGAGCGAUGGGGGAGGUCUGAGCUCUCGAAAGAAUGCAGUGGCUCGUCGAGCUCUCCGUCUUGCUCUGAAGGAGUCGCCGGAAGAAAUAUUUCAUGUUGUGGAGAAGUUGAUGCUAGAAGAUGUUCUUUCCACCACAGUCCCGCCAGGGAUGCCGGCGCCUCUCCUGUCGGCUCGCGGCUGGCUGGAACACAGGUCGCGCCUGACCAACUACCAGGCCGCAGUCCGAAACGCUUGGGGUAUCGCUGGAAUCCACGACUGUUUGAUUCAAGGCAAGGUGCAGGAGGCUCGUGCCCGCGCCAGCUUGAUGCUGGUUCAGGCCGAUCAAAUCAGCUUAGAGCAGAGCCCACCAUUCCACAGCUUCGCCAGCCAUGCGGGGCCAGAAGUGGGAGAGCAAGUUGUGAGCCGGCUGCUGGAUCCGCGCUGGACGGAGAUCUUUUUGCACCACCUGCAGGACACCGAGACCUACGUGGAACGCCGUCGCAAGCUUCAGAAAGGAAAGGCGCAAGCGCACGAGGACCCGGCAUCCGAGACAGGGCCGAAGCCGAAGUCAAAGGCGAAGGCCAAGGCGGCAGCCGAUGCAUGA